GGCCGCGCGGUGGCGCAUAGGUUCGCCCAAAAUGGCAGCCCUGGAGGAGGAGUUCACGCUGUCCGCGGUGCACCUGGGUGCCGGGCCCGACGGGCUCCUGGGCGUGGAGCAGAGCGACAAAGCCGACCAGUUCCUGGUGACGGACAGCGGCAGGACCGUCAUCCUGUACAAGGUUUCAGAUCAGAAACCCUUGGGGAGCUGGUCAGUGAAACAAGGUCAGAAUAUAACAUGCCCUGCCGUGUGCAACUUUCAAACAGGAGAGUAUAUCAUUGUACAUGAUAAUAAGGUUUUGAGAAUAUGGAAUAAUGAAGACGUAAACCUGGAAAAAGUGUUUAAAGCUACACUGUCGGCCGAGGUCUGCAGGAUACUCUCCAUCCAAGGCACAGAGCCCUUGGUGCUCUUCAGGGAAGGCGCGGUGCGUGGUUUGGAGGCCUUGCUGGCAGAGCCCCAGCAGGACAUCGAGGCUGUGAUCUCGGAGGAAGAAGUUAUUAAGUGGACAAAGGUCUUCAUGGUGUUUAGGCACCCUGUUUUAAUUUUUAUUACUGAAAAACGUGGAACUUACUUUGCUUAUGUACAGACAUUUAAUACACGUGCGUUAAACAAAUUCACACUCUUACUUGGACAAGAAGAGAAAUCUGUUAUACAGAGUUUCAGUGCCUCUCUGGGUAGGAAGUUCAUCUCUCUGCUAUCAUUAAGUUCCGAUGGGUGCAUGUAUGAAGCCUUGAUUCCGCUGCAUCCGAGCGACACAGAGAAGAGUCGGCAGAUUGUUAGGUCGCUGGUGCUGAAGGAUGUGGUGCCCUGUAGCUCUCGCAGUGGCGCUGCCCUUGCUGUCCUGGACCAAGACCAUGUGGCAGUGCUGGGACCCCCAUCGCCAGGGGCGAAAGACUGCCUUGCCAUAUGGAACACAAAAUUCCAGACACAACAGGCUUCAAAGGAGUUACCACAAGGCACUAGUGCUCAGCUCUGGUAUUAUGGGGAGAAUUUAUUCAUGCUACAUGGAAAAUUUCUAACUGUGAUUCCAUAUAAGUGUGAAGUGUCAUCAUUAGCUGGUGCUCUUGGGAAACUCAAGCAUAGUCAGGAACCAGGCUCUUACACUGUGUCCCAUUUUGUAAAUUGGGAGACUUCCCAGGAAAAUGAAGACAGAUCCCAGAACGUAGAGCAAUCAAAGAGAACGUUGAGGAGAAGAAAAGUCGAAACGAGUGGACAGCAAGAGGUUUCAGCAUCUAAACUUCUCUCAGCAAUAAAGAAAGACUCAGAAAAACAUAUUGAAGUGGAACUGCGUAAAUUUUUAGCUACUAAACGGACACCUGACUUUCAAACGAUCAUUGGAGACAUCGUCACAGGGCUUUUGGAACGCCGUCAAGCAGAACCAUCAUUUUAUCCCCGCAACUGUCUGAUGCAGCUUAUCCAGACGCAUGUGCUGUCUUACAGCUUGUGCCCUGGCCUUCUGGUGGCUGCCUUGGAGCGCGCAGAUGUGCAGAUCCUGCAGCUCUGCCUCCAGCACUUCCCCGACAUCCCCGAGUCCGCCACCUGCGCCUGCUUGAAAAUCUUUUUGAGUAUUGGCGAUGACAGUCUCAAGGACACUGACAUCAGUGUGGAGUCGGUAUCUGACUACAUCGAUGCUACCCACGAGGAAAAAAUGGAGCAGCAGCCCGAAAUUCUUCAGAAUGGCUUCACCCCUGAAGAAGACAGCUGUGAGAAGUGUGAGAGGCCUCAGGACCCACGAGAGGAAGCUACCACCUGCCCCGUCGUACCAAAGCGAGCAGCUCUGCUAAACGCAGUUCUUCAUUCUGCAUAUAGCGAGACCUUCCUCCUGUCACACUUGAAAGACAUCCCAGCCCAGCAUGUCACUCUAUUCCUUCACUAUUUGUAUUUCCUGUAUCUCAAGUGCAAUGAGAAUGCGACCAUGACACUUCCUGGGACACACCCUCCCACCCUGAGCCAGAUCAUGGAUUGGAUAUGCCUUCUGCUAGAUGCUAACUUCACUGUCGUCGUCAUGAUACCAGAAGCAAAAAGGUUACUGUUAAGUCUUUACAAGUUCGUGAAAUCCCAGAUAUGCAUAUGUUCUGAACUCAACAAGAUUGAAGUAAGUUUUCGUGAACUUCAGAAGUUAAAUCAAGAAAAAACUAGUAGAGACUUAUAUUCCAUCGAAGUGCUGGAACUCUUCUGACAGCCCAGCCCGCCCGGGAUCUCGUGGAGCUCUCCGGCCAAACCUGCCCCUGUGCGCAGCAGCUGUGCAGGCCCCAGGCCUGGUGUGCACUGUCCCGGGGCCCCAAGCUCUGGCCACGGCCACACGGGACCCUGGUGGUUCAUGGACUAGGGACCAGGUUCUGAAACUUUGAAAAAGUAUGUCACAGAGCUAAUUUUAAGUAAACUUAAUUUGUUUAUUAAUUAAAAGGUCUAAUUUCUUAUGUGUUUACAACAACUUUUCUCUUAAUAAAAUGCCACCACUGACACUGGGAUUCUAAAAGGAACACGGCUGUGUGAG